AUGAGCGAGGCGGAGGCGGCAGCGGUGGCGACCGCGGCGACGGUGCCCGCGACGGCGGCAGGGGUGGUAGCGGUGGUGGUACCGGUGCCCGCGGGGGAGCCACAGAAAGCAGGCGGCGGGGCAGGCGGCGGGGUCGGAGCCGCCUCGGGCCCCGCCGCCGGGACCCCCUCGGCGCAGGGUCCCCGCACCCCGGGCAACCCGGCGACGGCAGCCUCGGGGACCCCCGCGACCCCGGCCCGGAGUCAGGCGGACAAGCCGGUGCUGGCGAUCCAGGUCCUGGGCACCGUCAAGUGGUUCAACGUCCGGAACGGUUACGGAUUCAUCAACAGGAAUGACACCAAGGAGGAUGUCUUUGUUCACCAGACGGCCAUUAAAAGAAACAACCCCAGGAAGUUCCUGCGCAGCGUGGGCGACGGGGAGACGGUGGAGUUCGAUGUCGUGGAGGGAGAGAAGGGCGCCGAAGCUGCGAACGUAACUGGGCCGGGGGGCGUGCCAGUCAAGGGCAGCCGCUACGCCCCCAACCGACGCCGGUUCCGCCGCUUCAUCCCCCGGCCGCGCCCGGCCGCCCCGCCGCCCACGGUGGCCGAGGCCCCGUCGGGCGGGACGGAGCCAGGCAGCGAAGGGGAGCGCGCCGAGGACUCCGGGCAGAGGCCCAGGCGGCGGCGCCCGCCCCCCUUCUUCUACCGACGGCGCUUUGUGAGAGGCCCUCGGCCCCCCAACCAGCAGCAGCCUAUAGAGGGCACCGAUGGGGUGGAGCCCAAAGAGACCUCCCCAUUGGAGGGGAACCAACAGCAGGGAGACGAGCGGGUCCCCCCACCCAGAUUCCGGCCUAGGUACCGAAGGCCUUUCCGCCCCAGGCCACCCCAGCAGCCUACCACAGAAGGUGGGGAUGGUGAGACCAAGCCCAGCCAGGGCCCCGCGGACGGGUCCCGGCCCGAGCCCCAGCGCCCACGAAACCGGCCCUACUUCCAGCGGCGGCGGCAGCAGCCGCCCGGACCCAGGCAGCCCCCAGCCCCGGAGACCUCAGCCCCCAUCAACAGUGGGGAGCCCCCCACCACCAUACUGGAGUGACCCCAACUCGAAGGACACGUAGAGCUAUCAUCUGGUUAUCUGCCAGUUUUUGCAACUGCUCUGUACCCCCCCCCCAGCACCCCCUCCCCCCAGUUCCUGACAUCGAAACAGCGGCUUUCCCCUUUUCCUUGAGACUCAGGAGGGCCCAAACAACCGCCUUUUGCUUUCUCUCCCUCCCACCGUGGGUGGAGGGAAGGGACCCAGCCUUCUUGUUCAGAGGCCCCACCGCCCUCCCCUGAAUCAGGCUGAGAAGGAACCAGCCGGCCCUUCCCUCCUCCUGGUUGUUUUCUUUCCCACCCAGUUUAUUUUUCGUCUCCCUUCCAGCCCGUCCCUCUGAAGCCAUUUUAUGAACCGUCAUGUACCACCUGAGCCUCCAGUAAAAACGAAAACAGGCUUUUCUGUGGUCUUGUCUCUGCCUCUUUUCUGUGGAGAAUCACUGCUAAGGCCCCGUGGAAGGGGAGGCGGGGCCAGGCCUUGAGCCCUCCUCCUGGCGUCUCUGGCCCGUGAGAGUCCCUUUCCCAUCUGUAACCUGGGGCCGGUGUCUCUCCUGCAGGAUGAACGGUCUGGAAAGUCCUGAGAGCAGCUGUGGCGCUUUCGGCUCCAACUUACUGCUCAUUCGCCAUCGAUAAGAGCAAUGACUGGGAGCGCCCAGCAGGCUCGGUGUAGAGCGUGUGACUCUUGAUCUCAGGGCCAUGGGUUCAGUCCCCAUGUCGGGUGUGUGUUUUGUGUUUUUUAAAACCAUGACUAGAAACAAGUGGGGGCGGAGUGACGGCCUAUGGAGGAUUCUUUGGCCUUGAGCUAAGGCAGGGUGAGCGAGACGGCGGGGGGGAGGGGAGCUGUGCUCGCUGUCCAGCCGGUCCUCGGGCACCCCCACGACAGGACGCGCGUCUUGUACGGCGACUUUAUGUCUGCGUCUCCUAUAUACACGUCGUACAACAGACCUUUGGUUCCUUCUCCCUGCCCCUUUUCCAAACAUAUACAAAAAUAUCGAAAGGCUCCUCCCACCCCCUGUUUACAGGCCGCCUUUCAAAUUCCUCUUUCCCUUAGUUGGUCAAAAGCUUGUGGGUACAACACCCUUCGGGACGGGAGAAGAGACCAGAGCAGGGCCCCCUCUCCCCGCGCGUUGGCCCGUGCUCCCCUCUUGCCCCAGAAGGUUGGGCCCAGAGGGCUGAGCCUGCCAGGAGAGGGGAGCGUAGGCCCUGGGAGGGGGCGUCCUCUGGGAGGGGUCGAAACCAGACCCGCUUGGCCCGGAGUCUAUGAGGCAAGAACUCAGAGCAAAGUGCCAGAGGAGGAGGGCGAGUCCGAGGUGGCAGGGGCCGCGGCUCCAGUCCUCUCUGCUUCAGUCUGCCCACUAAACGGUCCCCGGGCCUCCCCUCCCUGCAGCCCCCCUUCUCUAGCAAGGGAGCCACGUCUUCUGGAGCGGAGGGUGGGGGGUGGGUGGGGUGGGCCACGGAGGAAGGAGGGGGCGAGGCGGGAGAAGGCCCACCCUGACGGCCACAGCCUAAUCACACCACAUCAAUAAUCCACGAG